AGAAAGAGAGUUUCAAUGGCGAAUCUACAGCCUGAAUAUGAUCGAGCAAGUGAACUGAAAGCUUUUGAUGAGACAAAAGCUGGUGUUAAAGGACUUGUGGAUGCUGGAAUCAAACAUGUUCCUCGGAUGUUCAAUCGUCCACCAUAUGAAUUAGAGAAGAACUCAUCUGUUUCAGUUGGUGGCAAUGGCAUCCACGCUAGUGUUCCGGUUAUCGAUCUCGAAGGCACGAAGGAAGAUCCCGGGGCUCGUCGGGAGAUCGUUGAGAAAGUUCGAAACGCAUCGGAAUCAUGGGGUUUCUUCCAAGUCGUGAACCAUGGAAUCCCAGUGAGUGUCCUGGAGGAUAUGAAGGAUGGUGUCGUCAGUUUUUUCGAGCAAGAUUUGGAGUUUAAAAAGAAGUUCUAUACUCGGGAUAGUACGAAAAAAGUGAUUUACAGUAGCAAUUUUCAUCUUUAUAGCUCACCGGCAGCAGACUGGAAGGAUACACUUUUCUGCUGUAUGGCUCCCGAUCCUCCCCUGCCGGAAGAGUUACCGGAGGUAUCCAGGGAUGUAAUAAUGGAGUACACAAAGCAUGUAAGGCAAUUCUGUUGUUUGCUGUUCGAGUUACUGUCGGAGGCUCUAGGAUUGCAGCCUGAUCACCUGAGAGACAUGGAUUGUGCCGAAAGCCUGAUUAUUUUGUCGCAUUAUUACCCGGCGUGUCCGCAGCCUGAACUCACUCUCGGUAUAACCAAGCACUCCGACAGUGACUUCCUCACGGUGAUCCUACAAGACCAUAUUAGUGGCCUUCAAGUUCUUCAUCAAAACCAAUGGGUUGAUAUCACCCCGAUUCCCGGUGCCCUAGUCGUUAACAUCGGCGAUCUUCUACAGCUGAUAUCGAAUGAUGUGUUCAAAAGCGUGGAGCAUAGAGUGGUGUCAAGAUCAGUAGGGCCAAGAGCAUCAGUGGCCUGCUUUUUGGGGACUGUUCACCAGCCAAAUACAAGAACUUAUGGACCAAUUAAGCAAUUAUUAUCAGAAAAAAGUCCUCCAAAAUACAGGGAAGUCACUAUAAGAGAAUAUGUUUCUUAUUUCAAUUCAAAAGGUCUUGAUGGUAAAUCUGCCCUCCCACAUUUCAAGCUCUAAACAUGUUCAUGGAGGUUAAAUUACAGCACCAAGCAAUCACCAAUAAAUUCUAUCAUUU